GGCUAGUGAAGGGACUGCCUGAUGGUGACCGAGCACGACUUCGUUGUCCGCUCAUGGGGGGUCAUUAAUUAUCUUACCAUUGCAGAGCGGGAUCAAAACGAAUCAGGUUGGCGAGAACCAAUGUCACUGUGUCAUCUAGCGUGCCGCUUGUGGCUGCUAUGAGAUCGGGGCUUUUCGAAUAAUCGGUGAUGCCGACGACUAUAGGACGGGCUAUUAGCGAAGCAUAAAUACGCUAAGAUAUCUCUCCUCCCUCGAUGUUGUCAAUCCGGCAUCUCACCACACGCUACACAUCUCGUCACCCAUCCACGGAACCAAACAAAGAGGCCAAAUUCCAGCCCUUUAAGACUUCCUCGCCCUCACCAUGCAGCACAUUCUCGCUCUUGUGGCUCUCGUGCCCGCCGUCCUUGCGCAGACCUACUAUGGCUGUUACACCGAGAUACCUGCUCGCGCCCUGACCGGUUCUUCCCUGAUCGACUAUGAGAACAUGACCAUUGCUGUCUGCGAGGCUCACUGCACGGGACUGGACUUUGACAUCUGGGGCGUCGAGUACGGGGGCGAGUGCUACUGUGGCAACGCCCUCGCCCAGGGGUCGUUCCCCGCCUUCGUGACAGACUGCGCCAUGCCGUGCCCGGGCGACGCGGCGACCGUGUGCGGCGGGCCCAACCGGCUGUCCCUCUACGGCGCGUCCGAGGAGGCGCCGGUCGUGACCCCGCAGCCGCACGACCCGGUGAGCGAGACUCAGUACGCGGGUUGCUGGAGCGAGGUAGAGGGCGGCGCGCGCGCCCUCGCGGGCACCAGCGCCUUCUCCCUCUCCGCAAUGACCGUCCCCGCCUGUGGCGACUACUGCCUCAACAGCGGCUUCCUGUGGUUUGGCCUCGAGUACGGCGCCGAGUGCUACUGCGGCGAGGAGCUCAGUGUCAACAGCACCAGCGUCGCCGAGGCUGACUGCGACAUGCCGUGCUCGGGCGAUGCGGCGACCACGUGUGGCGGUUCGAACCGGCUAAGCGUCUACCAGUGGGUGUAAUUAAUUAAUCUACAGAUUGUUGAGGGACGGUCAUCUCAAGAGGGUGCCUAAGCUUACUACGAAGGCAAAGGGUGACCGUUGGAUGAAGUGAACAGACGGGGCAAGAAGACGAG